CGAUUGGCCGACAAAAUGGGCGCGCAGCACGGCCGACGCUGUUUGCACCGCGCUGCCCGAGUCAAUUGAGCCACGUUCAAGUUGAAUCGGACGCUCCAAACAAUCGGCGGAGCAGAGCGCAAGAUCGGCCGUGCCGGUGUUGUCCGAGGUGCAAUUGCGACACUACGCCAGACAGGCCAAUCGUGAACGGUAGGAAGGUCCGGACGGAUGUCACCUAGACGAACUCGCGCAGCAACGGUGGAACAGGCCGCUGUUUUCACUAGAUCCAGGGCACAGAAGGUAAAUAACACGAGCCAGAAUGUGGACAAGUCGGCGCAGAAAGUCAGACACUCGCACAGGAAGGAGAAGCCUGCUAGGAACAAUUUGGAAGCCGCCUCCAAGCAAAGCGCCAAGAAAGAAUCGCCCGACGCAGAGGUAGCGUUGAAGAAGUCCGCGAGGAAAAAGACCUCUCGCCGGAGGCUCAAUUUGGACGAAACGGCGGGAAGCGAGGAUGCGAAUCGGACCGUGGGUUCCAACGAGUCGAUCAGAAUAUUGAGAAACCGACACUGCGACAAUGUCACGGUGGAACUUGGCGAGCGUAGCACGCUUCAGCCGAGUGUCCCGAGAGACUUGAACUCGGAGAUCGUGCCGAAUGGAAAGUUACCGCGCAAGACCUCGACGAAAGCGUCGCCCGUUAUAGUUACUCCCAAGAGCACGCCUCCCAAGCUCAGUCUCACGCCUCACAGAUCUAAGAAGACUCCUAAGAAGUCGCCGGUCUUCCUAGGUUCUCCGAAGACGCACUCGAUGACGAAAUCAAAACUGUUUAAGAGCCCGAGAAAAUUGUCCCUCGCGGGUGAGAACUCCAAGGAGAAUUUAGGGGAAACGGACGGCGAGCCUCGCGCUAGGAAAUCACGGAGGAGCAAGAAGAACAGUCUGAGCGGUAGCCCCGUGUCCAACAAGAGCGCGUCGAUGUCGCCCACGGGAAAGGACAAGCGUAAGAAGAGCGUUGUGAACUUGAGGACAAUUGUACGUAGGUUCUCGAAAUCGCCGAAAAUAAUAUUGAAGACCCCGAAAUCGAAGAAAUCAAAAUCGGCCAAGUUGAACUUGUCUCCGUCUCCGAUGAAGCGCGGGUCUUCCGCGUCUCUCGCGUCCCCUAGUCCUAAUCGUAGUAAGUCGGAUUCCAGAAUUCGCAUUAAAAAAUCUCAAUUAUCCAAGGGGAUGUAUUUGUCAUCGAACAGACAUCGUUUGAUAAGGUCAGUCUUAUUAAAUUCAAAACUGGCGGAGGUGCUGACGGCUUCGCAAACGAAGGACGUACUGGCGGAGCCAAUAGUGCUCGUGGAGAAGCUGUCGCUCGAGAACUUGAAGCGGAAAAAUGUGUUAAUGGCCGCUGGCAAAACCCGAUCGGGCAGUCCAGUCAAAGUAAGAUCUCCCUCGAUCAGGGCGGGGAACAAUUCCAAGAUUUUAAUAUCGAUGAGAGAAAUCUCUGCAGGUUCGUCUACCAAGCGAAAUUCCAACUCUAGAUCACGGAAUAGUAGCAUGGAGCGAUCACGCGGCAGUAAUACUAAUAGAAUAUCGCCAAGAAUUAAAUAUAAUGCGUCCGCACAAGAAAAUAAUAGAUUGUCCACACCUUUGAUGUCGUCCACUCCACAGGCGGCGAAAAUGAUGACAUCAAAGGACACGAGUUGGUCCGACACCUCUGUUGGUUCUGUAAAUAACACGUCUCUUACUAGUUUAAGACAUAGGGGUCAAUCCAGUCUGCAUCUGUCUAACACAAUGGACAAAAGUACAAACAUUGAAAAUAUAUCUAAAUCUUCUCUCUCUGAUAAAGAAAUGAAUGACACUAGUCGAUCUCACCUUUUGAAUGUCACGAAACGAAGCGCCACUUACGACAAGGAUAAUACGAUGGAAAAGAACAGAGACGAUACCUACGAACUGGAACAACCGCAAACGCUGAAUUUGCGACAAAUGGCUAAAAAGCGCGCCUCAGUAGACAUGGACUUAAGCUUGAAGGAUACUGUUAAGAAGGCCAAAGUGCACUUUGCGAACAUAACACCUAGAGGAGGCAGUGUGCGAAGGUCAAUUAACAAGCUGAACGGAUCAAAUACUUCACGCGAUGUAGGCACACAAAAUAGAGGCAGUAUUUUGAAUUCGGUACUCAAGUCGAAAAAGAUCGAAACCCCGAAGCGUACUCGGAACGCGCUGAUUUCUUCUUUCAAGAGAUCAAGUCCAAGAUUCCACGGAGGCACACCGAGAGCUCAGUUGAACAGAACUCAAGUCACGCCAAAAACUUUCGUGUUAAGCGAAAAGAAAUCAGAGAAAAAAUCAUCGACGAAGAAAGUACCAAAUUUUGGAAAAAUACAUGAACAAAUGUUUGCUAAAUCGGAAUCGCUCGUGGAUGCAAAGAAACGUUUGGAAGCCAGACAUCAAGCGUUCGCAAACAAAGCGAGAGCCGACAUGAAAACCGAGGGAAAGAAACCACUACCAAGCGAGACGAGGGACGGUAUUCACAACAGAUUCGGGUUCAAGUUGAAAAAACCGGAUGUCACGCAGAUUGUGUUGAAAAAGCAAGCAGUUUUUCCAAAGGAAAAACAGCAAAGUGCAAGGCGGAUGACGCUGAAGGGUGUGCGAACAAAUCGACGGUUCGAAUUGCAAAUGAAGGCUCGCAAUCUAAACUUAUAAAGAUCAUUGCUGUAUUAGCACGUACUUCGAUAUUUCUUUAUUAAUGUAGUUUAUCGUAUAAGUUUUUUCUCUUUCUCGAAAUAUGAGAGUAUUUUUUUAUUAAUAUAUAUUGAUUUAAAGACUUUGAGGGAAGAAUUUUUCAAGAAAUACUUAAAGUAUUUGAAUUAAAUGCAUGUAAAUAUUACUAAAAAACGCUUGCAUCAUAUGCUGGUCUUCUUUUCUUCUAAGGAAAAAAAACUAAAAUUAUAAAAAAAAUUGUUUUUCUACAUACAUUACCAUAAAUAAAACUU